AUGAAGACCUUUGAUUUUAAUUACAACUAAUCAGCACUAUAGAAUUAAUAAAAACUUAAAAAUGGAACAUCUUCUCAAAUUUUAAAAAAUAUAAAGGAUUAGGAGAAUAAAAAUAGCUCAAAAGAUUAAGAAAACUUCAAAAAUUCUCAGCUUUUGAGUGUUAAAUCCAUCAAGAAAAUCGAAUAAAUUGAAUAGUAAAGUGAUAGAGUAUAAAUUCUGAAAGUCCCAAAAAUUUAGUGGCAGCUUAGCGAUUUUGAGCUAGGAAAACCAUUAGGAAGAGGAAAGUUCGGCCAGGUGCAUUUGGCUAGAGAAAAAAGAAGCAAUUUUAUUGUCGCUCUAAAAUGUAUAAGUAAAGAGUAGUUGAGAAGGAGCAAGAUAGAGCAUUAAAUAAGAAGGGAAAUCGAGAUAUAAUCGCAUUUAAACCAUAAAAAUGUGCUUAGAAUGUUUGGAUUUUUUUGGGAUGAAUAAAAGAUUUAUUUAAUUUUAGAAUAUGCUCCUCAAGGAGAGUUGUAUUAAGACCUAUAAAAGCAAAUAAACAAGAGAUACCCUGAAUAAAAGGCAGCUAAUUACAUCAAAUAAAUGGCAGAGGCUUUGAUUUAUUUACAUAGCAAAGACAUUAUUCAUAGAGACAUAAAACCAGAAAAUCUAUUGAAUUCAUUUGGAACAAUUAAAAUAGCAGAUUUCGGAUGGUCAAUUCAUUCACCUUCAAACAAAAGACAAACUAUCUGUGGUACCCUCGACUACCUAUCCCCUGAAAUGGUAGAAGGAAACACUCAUAAUUACACUGUUGAUAUUUGGAGUCUUGGUGUUUUGUGCUAUGAAUUUUGCACUGGAUAACCUCCAUUUGAAACCAAAAGCUAUGAUUAAACAUAUGAUAGAAUUAAAAAAGUACAAUUUAGUUUCCCUGAUUAUUUGUCUAUUGAAGUCAGAGAUCUUUUAUCAAAAAUUUUAGUUUAUGAAAAGAGCUAGAGAUUAGAUUUAAAUAACAUCUUAAAUCACCCAUGGAUCUAAAAACACAAUCCUCCUUAAAAUUAAGUAACAAGUCAAGUACCACUUUAACAGCUAAACUAAAAUAUUUGUUGA